AGCCCUUCCCUCCCCCAAAAGAGAGCACAGAAACAGACAACGAAAAGGCAAAGCUCUCAGAGAAUAUCUGCACACUUCCCCCAAAGGACACUCUGCAACCCUCUCCCCCCCUCCUCCUCCUCAAUCAUCUCCUUCUCCUUCUCCAUCUCCAUCUCCAUCUCCAUCUCCAGCUUCCCGUCCGAGACUCCGAUCCAUCCAUGGAGAUCCCGGAGAAGCUGCUCCGCUACAGGUUCCACCUCGUCGCCGCCCUCCUCCUCGCCGCCGUCGCCGCCGCCCUCGUCUACGCCGCCCCCAGAUUCGUCACCGUCCUGGCCUACUUCUGGCCCCUCCUCCUCUCCACCGCCCUCUUCCUCGUCGCCGUCGUCGUCUUCGGCAAGACCUCCCCCCCCGCCGCCGCCGAAGCCUCCGGGGAGAAGAUCCUCGACUACGUCGCCGGCCAGCCGGAGCAGGACGCCCCCCUCGUAAGCUCCCUCGAGAGCUCCCGCGACGAGUAGCUUCGGGACGGAGGAAAACCCCCCCCCUCCUCUUUUUCUUAUAAAUAUUAUUUUUGGUAAUUUCUGACUCUUUUCUUCUUCCCCUUUUUUCUUUCCCCUUCGAAUUUUCUUCCGUUUCUCUUCUUUCCAGUUGUCCCCGAACGUUGCUUGACUGAAAUAAAUAGCUCAUCAGUGAAUUUCUCUUUC